AUGUGUUGCGAAGAGCCCGAGUCGCCUACACGCGCAGACUCUGGAUCCAAGAUCAACCACAAACGGAAUCUCAGCAAUGGAACAGCGGAGCUGUCACCACUUAGACGAUCCAAACGCCAGAAAUCUACUACAAAUUUGAAGGAACUUUCGUCUCCGGAAGUUUCAGAGUCCGAAGAAGUUAUUCUUGCAUUGAAAGAGGAGGUUGACGAAAACACUCCGCCAGUUGACAGUGCGAAGGCGAAGAAAAAGAAGACUCCGAAGCCUCCGAUCAAGAAAGAGUCGAACGAAGACAACGAAGACAUCAAACCCAAGAAGAAAGCAAGGAAGUCUAAGAAAGAGCAAGAGGCCGAGGCUAUGCCUUUGGCACCGCGGACCAAGGGUCUGCGCAUGCUUGUUGGUGCUCAUGUUAGUGCUGCAAAAGGUGUCUUCAAUUCUAUACACAAUUGUGAGCAUAUCGGAGGAAAUGCAUUCGCCUUGUUCUUGAAGUCACAGCGCAAAUGGGAGAACCCGGCUCUCCCUGACGAUCAUCGUGAUCAAUUUCGUAAACUCUGUGCAGAGAAGGGAUAUGAUGCAGCUAAACAUGUGCUCCCUCAUGGCUCCUACCUCGUCAAUUUGGCCCAAAAUGACAAAAUCAAGGCCAAACAAGCGUACACAUCUUUCCUGGAUGACCUUCGCCGUUGCGAGGCCCUUGGAAUAACACUUUACAACUUCCACCCAGGAAGUACCAACCAGACACCUCUGCCAGAAGCACUUUCUCGCUUGGCAGAGAUGCUGACCAAGGCUAUCACCGAAACAGAAACCGUCGUCCCAGUCUUGGAAACAAUGUGCGGCCACGGCAACACAAUCGGUGGCGCACUGUCCGACUUCCGCGAUUUACUAGCGUUAAUUCCUAAGGAACAUCACUCCCGCAUCGGCAUCUGCAUCGACACCUGCCACAGUUUUGCAGCAGGCUAUGACCUGACCACGUCGGAAGGAUUCAAAGCCUUCCUCGCUGAAUUUGAUGAGCUGAUCGGAAUCAAAUUCCUCCGAGCUCUGCACCUCAAUGACUCCAAAGCACCCCGCGGGAGCAAGCGCGACUUGCACGCCAAUAUCGGCACAGGAUUCCUCGGUCUACGUGCGUUCCACAAUGUAAUGAACGAGCCGCGUUUCGAGGGAUUACCCAUGGUUCUUGAGACACCUAUUGAUCGAGUCCCAGAACCUGACCCAGCUAAUGCGGAUGGUGCCGAGGGCAGUGGGAGCGACUCCGAAAAGAAGAAGAAGCCAAAGAAGGUCUCUAAAAGGCCUGCUAGCGCGGGUCCAGCUGCGGUUCCUGAUCCGGGUGUGUGGGCACGUGAGAUUAAACUUCUUGAGUCGUUGAUUGGGAUGGAUCCUGAGGGCGAAGAGUUCCGAACUCUCGAGGCUCAACUUUCGGAGGAGGGUCGUGCGGAACGUGAAAAGCAUCAGGACCAGUAUGAACGCAAGACUGAGGCAGAGGCGAAGAAGAAGGCGAAGGCGGCAGGCAAAGCGAAGGGACAGAAAAGUCUCAUGGAUAUGAUGAAGGGUGCCGAGGAGUAG